AAGACUCCUCGAUAGUCAAGGCCAAGUGGAGUGUGAGUGAUCCGGAGUCCGGUAUACAAUACUGUCAGUAUGCAAUAGGUUCAACCCCAGGUGCGCUUGAUAUCAAACCGUUUACUUCGGUUGAAAAUGAUGAUCGGGAAAUAUCCCAUGCUUUAAAUCAGUCGUCAAUGCCAGCACGAAUCUACACUACAGUCCGAUGUCACAACUUUGCUGGUGGUACUACAACAAUGACAACAAAUGGAGUUGGUUUUGUGCAGGCCAAGCCGAGCAGCAACAACGCCUGGGUUCGAAUUUUGACCGGUUCUGAAACAAUCUACCCCAACCAUUGGAGCGCUGUUAAAAAAUUCCAGAGCCAAACAGAAGAAAUGUUUCUCCAUUGGGAUGGAUUUAGUGACCCCAAUGGAAUAAGGUCUUAUGAGGUGAAUAUCCGUAACGUUGGGAAGACUGGCCCAAUUUGGGAUCGGUGGAUUGACGUCCCCAGUACUAUGACCUACAUGAGGGCAUACAACCUCGGCCUGAAGAAUGGUGGGACAUAUAAGGUUGCCGUACGCGCUGUGAAUGUUGUUGAUAAGAGGUCCGAGGAAGUUGCCACAAAGGUCAUGGUCUCUCGUGACCCUCCAAAAGUUAACAACGGAAAGGUACCAGAGUUGAUGUGGAGCGACCGAGGCCAGUCUUUCACUAUGGACUGGCGGAGCGUGUUCCCACAGGAAGCUGUUUUUUCCUUCGUAGUCUGCUUUGGAACGGUCCGUGGAGGUGCAGACAUCAAGAAGUGGCAAGAGACGACAUUGACCAACAUGACAUUUAGGUUAGAACCAGACCUCCAGACGAUAAGCACAUUCCACACUGCCAUCACAGCAGUUAACUUGGCAGGGCUGUACAGCACAUUUGUAUACACCAUUCCAAAGAGCGAAAUAAAACCGAAACCUUAA